CCCGCUCGGGCGCGUCGGGCCUCCGCCGCGCCUUCAGCUGGCUGCGGGGCAAGCGGCGCAAGAAGAAGGCGGCGGGGAGCGAGGGCACCGAGCCCGCUGCCCUCCGCGCGAAGAAGGCGGACGACAGGACCAAGAAGGCCAAGGGCAAAGGCCGAGGCUCUGCCAAAGCUGAAAGUGACAAACGCCAGAGUGCAGGGCCUGGCCAGGGGCCAGGGUUUGUCGUGGGUGAGCACCAGGACAAUGUCUUCUUCCCCAGCGGGCGACCACCUCACUUGGAAGAGCUGCACACUCAGGCCCAGGAGGGGCUUCGCUCCCUGCAGCACCAAGAAAAGCAGAAACUGAACAAGGGCAGCUGGGACCAUGGAGACACCCAAAGUAUCCAGUCCUCCCAGACAGGGCCAGAUGAAGACAGCAUCUCCUUCUGCAGCCAGACCACAUCCUACACCGCUGAGAGCUCCACAGCUGAGGAUGCUCUGUCCAUCCGCUCGGAGAUGAUCCAGCGCAAAGGCUCUACCUUCCGACCCCAUGACUCAUUUCCCAAAUCAUCUGGAAAGCCGGGGCGCCGGCGGCGUGAGCGGCGGAGCACAGUGCUGGGACUGCCGCAGCACGUGCAGAAGGAGCUCGGCCUGCGGAAUGAGUGUGAGGCACCAGGUCCUUCUCGGCCUUCUGGUCCACGGGAUGCCGUCCGCAUCCCCACGGUAGAUGGCCGCCCAGCUGGCCUGGCCUUAGGGACAGGGGUCCGGGUGUCCCUACAGGCCCUGGAAGCAGAGGCAGAGGCUGGUGCAGACACGGAGGCCAUGCUGCAGCGCCACAUUGACCAUGUCUACCGGGAUGACACAUUCGUUGGCCGGUCCACCGGGGCCCGGCCCCCGCCAUUGACCCGGCCCAUGUCCCUAGCUGUGCCAGGACUGACAGGAGGGGCUGGACCUCCAGAGCCCCUGAGCCCAGCCAUGUCCAUCUCACCCCAGGCCACCUACCUGUCGAAGCUGAUCCCACAUGCUGUGCUGCCACCCACAGUGGAUGUGGUGGCCCUGGGCCGCUGCAGCCUGCGCACCCUGAGCCGCUGCAGCCUGGUCUCAGCCAGCCCAGCCUCCAUCCGUUCGGUGGGCCGCUUCUCCUCAGCCUCCAGCCCGCGGCCCCGCAGCCGCCAUCCUUCCUCCUCCAGCGACACCUGGAGCCACUCUCAGUCCUCUGAUACCAUCGUGUCUGACGGUUCCACCCUCUCCUCUAAGGGGGGCUCGGAGGGCCAGCCAGAGGGCUCUGUGACUAACACUAGUGCGGCACCCCCUUCUCAAGCGGGCAGCGGGAGGGGCUCCCCUAGUGGGGGUAGCACUGCCGAAGCCUCAGACACGGUCAGCAUUCGGAGCAGUGGGCAGUUGUCUGGCCGGAGUGUGUCCCUGCGAAAGAUGAAGCGCCCUCCGCCACCGCCCCGCCGGACCUACUCCCUCCACCAGCGGGGCUCAGCCGCGCCUGAUGGGCCCUUAGGGUUGCCUCCCAAGCCAGAGCGGAAGCAGCAGCCACAGCUGCCCCGGCCACCCACUACAGGUGGGUCAGAAAGAGUGGGGGCAGCUCCCUGUCCACCCAACUCAGCAGGUGGCUGGGUGCCUGGCUUGUCGCCCAGUGGUUCCCGGCGUCCGCCACACUCCCCAGAACGGACACUUUCACCCUCCAGUGGAUACUCGAGCCAAAGUGGUACCCCUACCCUCCCUCCCAAGGGUCUGGCGGGUACCCCUGCCUCCCCAGGCAAGGCCCAGCCCCCUAAACCAGAGCGUGUCACAUCCCUUCGAUCUCCUGGAACCUCUGUGUCCUCCUCGCUUACAUCUCUAUGUUCUUCAUCCUCUGAUCCUACCCCCUUAGACCGCUCUGGUCCACAUAUCUCAGCCUCCAUUGGUGAUAGGUUCGUCAUACCUCCUCACCCCAAGGUGCCUGCUCCCUUCUCUCCACCUCCCUCUAAUAAGCCCAAGGCCGCUAACCAAGCUGCCUCUGCUCUGGUUGCUCCUCCUGUGGUUCCUGGGCCCGUCUCUACCACUGAUGCCAGACCUGAGACCCCUCCUGCUCCCCAGACAUCCCUGACCCCUCCCCAGGAGUCUCCUGGUGUCUCCAAAGACCAUUCACCCCCACCAUCCCCACCUCCCUCUUAUCACCCACCCCCACCCCCUAGUAAGAAGCUGGAGGUGGUUGAGGAGGCCCCACCAGCCCCAGAGACUGCUGAGGAGCCCCUCUCAGACCCCAACUGGCCUCCACCCCCACCUCCCGCAUCUGAGGAGCAGGACCUGUCCAUGGCGGACUUCCCUCCACCUGAGGAGGCCUUUUUCUCUGUGACUGGCGCUGAGCCUAUAGGCCCUUCAGAUGCCCCAGAGCCUGUCAGCUCUUUGACUGCUUCACCCCCAGCUGCUGUCUCUACCCAGAGCCAGCCCCAGGGUACCCCAGAGCCUCCUCCCGCUCCACCAGUCCCACCUCCAACUAGCUCUGUCCCUGAGCUUCUGACCAAGCCCCCUCAGAAGGAGGAGCCGGUGGGCAGCAGCAAGAGCAGUGGGACUUCUAGGGAGGACGCAGGUGCGCCUCUGGUCACACCCUCACUGCUACAGAUGGUGCGGCUGCGCUCUGUGGGCACUCCCGCAGGGGCUGCAACCCCAGCUUCCGGGCCAUCAGCCCCCCAGAAGCCACUCCGAAGGGCCCUGUCAGGGCGGGCCAGCCCUGUGCCUGCCCCCUCUGCAGGGCUCCAUGCUGCCGUCCAACUCAAGGCCUCCAGCCGAGCUGCCAGCGGAGGCCUCAGAAGUGCCCAGCUGAAUGGAGCAGCUGAGGCACAGCCACGGUCUCCCCAGUCCCCUGCCUCCACGGCCAGCUUCAUCUUCUCCAAGGGCACCAAGAAGCUGCACAUCGAGCGACCUGUGUCCCCGGAGGCCCAGGCUGACCUCCAGCGGAAUCUGGUGGCUGAACUUCGGAGCAUCUCAGAGCAGCGACCACCUCAGGCACCGAAGAAGUCACCUAAGGCUCCCCCACCUGUGGCCCGAAAGCCCUCUGUGGGAGUUGCCCCACCUGCUUCCCCUGGUUUGUCGCAGUCCCUUUCUGCUCCUCCCACCAACGGGCUCCCUCAUGCCGAGGACAGGACUAAGGGAGAGCUGGCCGAGAACGGAAGUGUGCAGCUGGCGGGUCCAGAGGAGAAGAUGAGUUCCCCAGGCUCAGAGCCACAGAAAGAGCUGGUCUGACCAGCACACUUGCUGGCACUGCUGACCCAUCCCAGGAAUACAAUCUCAGGGACCUGAGCAGCUCCAAGGACCCGAGGACACGGCAGACACAAUCUAAGGGAGGACGCCUGCAGCCUUAACCUCACGGCCUUUGAUAUUUAUGCAAGCCUGGUGUUGCCCGGUCCUGCAGACUACCCAGCUCUCAUGCCUUUUCCUGGAAGGAUGCACCUCUAGCAGCUGCUGCUUCAGCCUUGGCCUUAGCCUCAUCUUGAAGGAGGUAGCUGAUGGGAGUGGGUGGCUGCGCCCCCUGCUGGCUACAAGGCCACAGAGGUGGGUGCAGAACACCUCUUUCCUUUUUCUUUUUUUUUUUUAAAUAUCCAAAUCAUGCACAUACUGUAGUCCAGAAUCAAAGCACUUUCGCAAAGUGGCUACAUGUCCAUCUUCCAGGGCCUGUGAAGCCACAUUCCAAGGGCCUGUUUACAUGGUGGCAGCAUCAGUCUCUGGUAGCCAGUCCGUAGCUGGGGCCAGUCUGUCUUCUGUCCCCCUAAUCCAGUUCGCUCCUUUUCGUAGUUCUUGGAGGUGAACAAGUCACUUAUUCCCACAGGCUUCCCAGGCUGAGGGCAGGAGCAGGACUGGGAUUCCAAAGCACAAAAGGUGCAGUGGGGGCGAGCCUUCCUGUGCCUCAACUUAUCACCAAGCUCCUGCCUUCCAGUUCUGCCAGGUGCUCCAUGCAGGGGACAAGUAGGAGACUGCUAGGACCCAGAUGGGGUAGGGGGAGGACCAGAGGGGCGGGCUGAGGUUCUCUCCAUCCCCUGAAUGUGAAGACAGAGCAGCAGGUCAUCUCAGCCAGUCCUUGGCAUGCCGGGUAUCUGCCGGUUUCAAUUCAAUCGGGUGGGGCAGAUUGGCAGUUUCAGAGGCAGGAGCCCAUGGGCUUGUCCCUUUCAGCUUGGCAGGGACUACUGAGGUGGAAGGGGAGAAUCGACAAGAGGAGAGAUUAUUUGGGCAGCAGGCCCAGAGCUGGCCCUUAGACUUCUUUUCUCGUGAUGCCCUUUCUGCAGCUGCUUUUCAGCAUGGGUGAUUCUGCUGGGGGAGCUGAGGCUGAAUCGCAAGGAUAGGAAGCCAAAGGUGCAUUUUAUUCAGCUCUUUCCUAGUCAGUGAGGAGGCACGCGGGGCUCCUAGGGAGGAGGGGAUGGCUGUCCCCUAGGUGUCAGCCUGUGCUGCUGCUCUCACCUCGGGGAAUUUUAACGACCUCUGUUUUCAGCCUAUACCACCUAUUCGAUAAGCCGGCUUCCUCAGCGGCCUCCAUGAUGCGAUAGGGAUGGUCGCAGUGCCUCCCUUGACAGCAGCCUGGCUGCCACCCAGAGCCAUCCCUUCUUGAUCCCUUUCCUUAACAGUGGCAUGGACUUGAGCCUGGCAAGGAACUUUGUAUUUCGCUUCUGCCAUCAGGAGGGUGGCACUCUGGCUUGUCACCUGCUCCCCAAGAGCUGGGAACAUCAGGGGUUUGUGGUCUACUCUAGAGACUUUUAGUGUACCACCACCAUCUUCUCCCCGUAGCUAUAAACCAAGUUUUGCUCUUGCCCUGUGGGUAAUGGGGAGCUGCUGCUGGGUAUGUGCUGUACCUGCCCACUGAGUUGAGGAAGGACAAUCAAUAAGCACCGCUCUGCUUGGAGCUCCUCAUCUGCCCUGCCCUAGGACCCAGGACCCAUCGAAGCCCAAUGGAACCUGGCAGUAUCCUUGAGAUGCUCAAGGCGGGAGGGAUCCCAACUCGUGUCCUUCCUUCCCGUCCAGUGUUACUGGAGCCCUUAUCCUCAGUUAGGAUUUUCUGAGCUUCUUUCCCCACUGGGUGGGCCAGAAUACAAAGCAGAAGGAAUCUAGCAGAGGCAACCUUUCUUUGUCCUCUGGGGUAAAUGAACUUGACCUAGUGCAAAUGGAGAGACCAAAAGCCUCUGAUUUUUAAUUUGCAUAAAAAUGUUAGAAGACAGGAGAAUAUAUAUAUAUAUAUAUAUAUAUAUAUAUAUUUCUUUAAAUUUUUGAGUCUUUGAUAUGUCUAUACACAUAAUCCAUCUCCUGUGCCCUAAAGCUUGAGUGAGACACAUGAAAAAGCUGUGUUUCAUUUAAAGGUAUUAAUUAAUUAAAUGAUUGAAACUUG